UCACCAUAACCCUCCCAUCCAUUUACCUCCAGUCCUCUCGCAUCGAGCUCCGCAAUGCUGGUCUUCUUCGCAGGGACGGUCGCAUACCUUAUGAAGUAUGAACAAAAUCCAUCAACUUCGAAGCACAGGGAACAGCAGAUUCAGAUGGCAAAUCGCACGUGCUGGUUCGUUUGGUGUUGGCACUUGGCUGACGAACGACUUUGAGAAGAGCAGUUGGUACGAGGGAAAGAGCAAGGUGCUGAAUACAGUGGUUAAACUUGAGUCGAUUGAUGGGAAGGAGUGUGUUAAGAGAUUACAAAGAAUACGGGAGUUCCAGAAGUAGUAGAGAAGGUUAAAGAUAUGUACCAGAUAUCGACCUCGUCGAUUGUGUGAGUGAUGGUACUUUCGUGAAUGUGAAUCUAAAUUGAUGGUGGUCUUGCGCUG